CGCCAACGUACUGACUGUAAUUAUAUUUAAAUACAAACAAAAAUGCCGUGCCUUAAGAUUAUGACAAACUUAUCGAAGAAUAAGAUCCCUGUCGACUUUGUAGAGAAAAUCAUUCCAAUACUUGCGAAAUCCGUCAGGAAACCAGAAGAAAAAUUCGUCUGUAUAAUAUCAGGAGACAAUCCGAUUCACAUGUUUGGAGACUCAAAGUCACCUGGCGCGGUUGCCACCUUGGAGUCCAUAGGCAACCUCGGUACAGAUGAGAACAAAAUUAUCAUACAGGCACUUUCGGUGUUCAUUAAGAAAGAACUUGGAAUAGUUCCCGAAAGAUUUUUCUUAACGUUUUACGACCUGGAAAAGUAUAACGUGGGAGUUUCUGGUACUACCGUAGACACGUUUGAAUAAAAUUUAACCAUUUUUGUAAUAAAAAUUGAUUUGAAAAUGUUUGUUUUGUCCUAAAUAUACUACG